AUGAACUGGUUCAAGUCGGCUCUGUCGAGCGUUGCGGGCACGCAGGAACCAAUCUAUGGCCCCGAAGCCAUCCAGUCUGUCGCCCAACAGGCCCAGACAACCCCUUAUAGUGUGCUCACCAAGGACGACCUGCGGUGGCGAGCCUACCAGUACACCAAUGUUGAGACGCAGACCUUCUAUGCCAUGGCCGACAACGGCACUUUGGUCAUGGUGCAGGUCAUCUACAGCAACAUUGUCGGCAUCCAUACUACUGCCCAGUUCAACACUAAGAUCUUUAACCUGAAAGGCGAUGGCCCGCAUAACUGGCACUCCGACCCCCUGUACAACUUCAUGUUUGAUGAGAGCAUGCUUUCCUUUGGAGCGGACAACCUCUCUCUGACCCUCAGCGAUGACGGCAACACAUACACAAUCAAGUCUGCUGUCAACGAUGACAGCUUGGUCAACCUGACCUUUACCCGCUCUGCCCCGGGUUUCGUCAUCGGUAAGGACGGUACCUCGUACUUCGGUACUGACCCGGCGAACCCGUGGGGUUCGAUGAGCCAUGCCUUCUGGCCUCGCUGCGCCGUCGAGGGAACCAUCACCACCAAGGAACAGACCCAUGACCUAAAGGGUCGAGGAAUGUUCAUCCAUGCGCUUCAGGGAAUGAAGCCCCACCACGCUGCCGCGAGAUGGAACUUUGUCAACCUCCAGACCCCAACACACACCGCCGUCAUGAUGGAGUACACCACCCCUCCCUCGUAUGGCUCUACCAAGGUCAACGUCGGUGGUAUUGUCACGGAUAAUGAAAUCGUCUAUGCCGGUAUCACCAACUCAGCAACUCACACCGACACUGCUGAAGACCCCGACAGCCAGUGGCCAGAGCCCAAGUCGAUCAAGUGGGUGUGGAAUGGCAAGUCGGCGGACGAGAAGGAGGUUCACGCAGAGCUGGAAGGUCCCCUCGGCAAGAGACUGGAUCGUAUCGAUGUCAUGGCCGAGGUGCCGGGCUUCAUUAAAUCCAUCGCGGGCAGCGUUGCUGGUACAAGACCAUACAUCUUCCAGUACUCUCCCCAAGAGAAGCUCUCCCUGAAGCUCAAGGUCGGCGAUACCGAAACUACAGAGGAGGGAUUCAUGUUCUCCGAGGCUACUUUCAUCUCGUAA